CGUAUAAGUAGUGUUAUCACUCGAUGUGUUAUGGUAUCACCAGAAAAAUAGUGUGCCCCUAUUGGGGCUCGUUGAGAAUACCUAGACAGCCUCGUCUGCCACCAUUUACAUUCAUUGUUGCUUGGACGUGGCAGCCAUGACGUGAUUUCUGAGUUUUUGUUAAAGAGAUUACAUUAUUAAUUGUAGCGAAAACUGUUAAUUAAGGGGAAUACGUGCAUUACUCGCCACCGCCUACCGAUUGCCAGUGUAAAUCCACAAAUCCAGUGCGUAAUAUAUCCAACACAAGGAAAUGAGAAAAAAAAGAAAGAUAAAAAGUGUGUGCAAAAAAUAAAAAACCUGAAAUUACCACAAAAUAUGCAUAUAGAUAUAUAUAAAUUGUUGCAGAGUGAAAUUAAGUCAAAGCAGUAACAAGGCAACGGAACAGAAUUCAACAACACACACACGCUCGCACAGUAUAGCAACAAUCAACUCACAACAACAAGAAGUCAACGUCAAAAAUAUAACGCUUAUAUCUCGAUUGACCGAUAAGUCCAGACCACCAAAUCGAUAACACGCAUUUACCAACACUGCUGCGGCAAAAGAACAGAGCGAGUGAGCGUUAAAAACAGCUGAUUGCGACUGGCACACGGUUGUUGCAGUCGUGCUGUUUUUAUUUCUGUUUUGUUGGAACUUCUUCGCUGCAGCGAUAAAGAGAGCGGAGCGAGAGAGGUAGAGCAGCACAAACUACUACGUGUGACGUGGUGUGGGGGCAUACAGGUGGCAAAACAGCUGUUUUAACAGCAAAACCAAUCUGUUUUUUAAAAGAAUACAUAAUCAAUUUACCGCCUGCAGUUUUCCAGCAUGAAAACAAACACACACAACCAAAAAAAUCAACAAUAACUACAAAAAACAUAAGCAUCCAGGAGAGAGGAACUUCCAGUGGCAGCUUACCCAACUCGACUUCCACAACGAGUGCUUCCCGUCCUUUUCACGAGAUCAACGAAACCGUCGACCACCUUCCAGACAACAAAAACCAGCACAGCCCAGCCCCUUCCACGAUUUCCAAGCUGGCCCAACCAACACAACCAAGUGCAACCUUCCAAACAACAACUACUACUGAUCCGAUCCAUCAUAAUCCAUUUCAUCCAUAUUCCGGAAACGAUCGAGGGGCUAUCUAAUUGCUAUCUAAUUGGCGGCUAGCUGCGUGCACGUUAUGACCAAUUCGAUUGCGUCAACGAAAUGCCUGCCCAAUGCACUAUCGACCGGCAAUUAUGGAAUGUCUCAGAGCCACCGUUACACCGAUGAUAGCAAGGAGUACAUCAUCGUCAAGCUCACCGAUUCUGCCUUCCGUGCGAUCGAGGAAUAUCAGCGCGAUGACAACGCCAAGCGCCUGCAACCAGGCCAACGGGCCAAAAUCCAAUUUGUGGGCAACACGGGUGUCAUCCAGUUCCCGCGACCAGCGACGGAUGCUAAUGGCAUCCCUAAUGCUAAUGGCAAUAGCAGCGACGCGACCGGAGCAGGAGGAGGAGGUGGUGGCCGAAAAUUUGAUUUUACCAUCAACAAUAUGGAGGGAACACUUGAGUGUGUUCAGCAGCAGCAACAAAGCCUCGGAGUCCUCGGAGCAGUCACCCUGCGAAUGCGAAUCAAUGCCAAUGACGAUGUCUACGAUACGACACGCGAAAAAAUGGCCAUUGCCGAGGAGACGGAGAAGAGCAAGUGCAUCAGGGAAAUUAAGCCGAAUCAGUCGGAUAUCGGGCGUAAGGUGAAGAAGCCGCCAUCAGCAAUCCAAUCCUCCUCCGUAUCCGCCUCCACCGCCUCAGCCUUCUCCUCCUCCAACUCCGGUUUGACGACGACAGCAUUUCAUCAUCACAGCAACAGCAACAACAGUGGGAACAACAACAACAACAACAGCAGCAGCAGCAAUAGUUUUAAUAGCAACAACCAUAGUCGUAAGUUAGGUUCAUCGCCAUUUAAUGGCCUAGGCGUAGGAUCCAGCAGCUCCUCCAGCGCGUUUGCCUCGCGUUCGCCCAAUCCCAGCACGCUGGGCGCCAGCGGCACAGUCAAUGGCUCUGGCGUUGGUGGUGGUCGCUAUGGUGGUGGAGCAGCCUCCUCGCUAGCUUCCACAUUCGCCAACGGCAUCUCGCAGGGCUACAAUAACCUAAGCGGCAGCUCGCCAAGAGACUCGAUGACAGUAGGAGUAUCAGGUGCGCCUGCCUCAACAGCCAUCUCCUCACGCAACAAGAUGCCAAGCGGAGGCCUCACCUCCUCCAACUCCUCUUCGUCCUCCAGGAGUGCCAAUAACAAGUCGUCGGGCGGCAACAAGAUGUCGGAUGUGUCCAGGCGCAAUAUACGCGAACGGCUUAUCCAUCUACUGGCCCUUAAGGCCUUCAAGAAGCCUGAGCUCUUUGCACGGCUGAAAAACGAGGGCAUCCGGGAUAGGGAGCGUAACCAGAUCACCAACAUACUCAUGGACAUUAGCACCAUGUCGCACAACACGUACAAUCUGCGUCGCCAGAUGUGGAACGAUGUGGACGAGAACUGGCCCUUUUUUAGCGAACAGGAGGUGCAGCAGCUAAAGCGACGCAAGCCGCAAAAUCUGACACCGCCAAUGAGUUCAGAUGCGGGUAGUUCAACGUCCGGCCAGAGUCCUACAUCGACGCACACAGGCAGUCCGCCACCGUCUUCAAGUAAUAGUGGUCCCGGAGGAGUCGGAGGGGGCGCAGGCGGUGGAGGCAUGAAGCGGACCAGCCUCGAGUACGACGAGACCAUGUUCAGCACUGUUCAGCCCAAGAAGCAGCGCAUCAGUCACUACAAGAAGGACACUCCGCCCUCGGGGACGUCAUACUCUUCUGGCGCGGUAUCGAUGUCCCUGGGUUCCUCUGCAUCCAAUCGGAACCGCUAUACGCCGCCCCAACGCCAGCCUGGUCCAUUGGAUGAUCACAGCACAAGUGACCUUAGCUACAAUGUGCUGGAUAACAUGGAAGAGUUUAUGAGCUCCACGGCAGCGGCGACGCAGCCAUCUAUGGAACAGCAGCAUCAUCCGAGAAGCAACAGUAGUAAUAGUAGGCGAGGCAGCUCCUCGUUGGCGGGCACCAGCAAUGGAGGCAACAACAAGGAUAAGCGGAACUCUACGGGCAGCAAUUCAAGCAGCUCCAGUGGCUAUGAGACGCAACAGGAUCGCCAGCGGACAACGGCGUCAAUGUCGUCAAACCGCAGCAGCACCAAAUCCUCAUCCGCCUCCUCUUCAACGACGCCACCGAAGCUUGCGGCUAGUUUUGUGCCGGCGGCCGCCUCUGGAUCCGCUUCCGGUUCCAGCAAACAGCGUAUGCCGCCCCAGCAGAGCGACUACAACUCGUACAACAGCAAAAACGGGCAACAUGCGGCCUCCAACAGCAAGAAAAGGACGAGUAGCAGUGGUCCUAGUGGUGGAUCGAAUGGCCAGCGUCAAAGAAGUGCCAGUGCUUCUAAUUCCGGCUAUCAGCAGGUGCCGCCACCCUUGUCGUCAGCCUCGUCCAACUCGCGAUCGUCCCUCCAGCAGCAGAAUCAGCACCAGAAACAGCAGCAGGUGCAACAGCAGCAGGCGCCGCAGCAGCAGCAUAAUCAUUACCAUCAGCAAGCCAAGCAUCCGUCGCCCUCGCAGCAGUUGGCUGCUGCUGCCCAUGCCUAUGCCCAUGCCACCGCGGAGGCGGACUCAUCCUCUAUGCCGCGCUACGACUUCAGCCAAUACGUGCCCAUCCAGACGCUGGAGGUGCGGCGGCGUUACAAGACUGAAUUCGAAAGCGACUACGAUGAGUACCGCAAGCUACUGACGAGGGUCGAGGAUGUGCGCAAUCGUUUCCAGGACUUAUCCGAGCGUCUAGAGAGCGCUAGGCGCUGCGACAACGGAUACGGGGAUUACGAUCACAUCAAGCGGCAGAUUGUCUGCGAGUACGAGCGGAUCAAUAACGAUCGUACCAUCGGAGAGGACAAGCAGCGGUUCGAUUAUCUGCACGCUAAGCUGGCACACAUCAAGCAGCUGGUGAUGGACUAUGACAAGACUUUGAUGAGUGCCACGACGGCGGUGGCGCCCUCGGAAGUGGUUAUUCCUCCAGCGCCCGAUCCAGCUGCGGCGGGGGCGGCGGCCAGGUUAGCUGAGCAGCAGAGGAGGCAACAUCAUGCCGUGGAGACGAUAGAACAGAAGCAGCAAAAGCAAAGACACUAUCCCCAGCAGCAGCAGCAGCCACAUCAGCAGCAUAAUUUACAGCAGCAACAUUCACAGCAACAACAGAAUGUGAGUAACUCGGAUGACAGUUCGGACAGCUCGGAUUCAAAUGAUGAUGACGACGAGGACUGCGAUGAUUCCAACUCCAAUACCGAUGAUGACGAGGCACGCUACUGAUCCAGAUCCUGCUGGGACUACUUCGAUGAGACCAUCCGCAGAUUCCCAAUGUAAAAAGGCAAAACAAGCAAGAAACUAUUAUAAAUACAACACUAUUAUAGUAAAAACGUAAAAAAAAAUACAACAAACAAAUCAUCAAAACGGAGAAAACACCAACAAACAAACGUUCUUUAAGAAAUUGUACUACAAGCAAACAAAAAACCUUCAAAAAAAUGUUGAAAUUAUGUUAACAAAAAACAAAAACUAAACAAAAAAUACAAUCUUUCGAGUAAAAUAAUUUUUAUUACAUUAAAAACGAGGGUAGGCGGCGGGCCAGAACUGCUGCCACCGAAUUCUACAUAUAUAUAAUACAUAUAUGAACUAUAUAUACAUAACAAAAAGCCAGAAGAAGACGAUAUGAUGAGGAGGAAACAAAAUCAAUAUUUUUAAAAGCAACGGCAAAAGCAAGAAAAUUAUAUACGAGUUGUAGACUUAAUUUUUUGUUGAGCAUAUUGAGCAGCUUAAGUAACUAAAUGAAAACGAAAACACAUGUUUUUCCUUGCGUUUUGUGUGUAAUAAUUAUUAUUAUUAUAUUAUUAUUAAUAUCAACAUUUAAAUAUAGCGUGUAUGUUUUUCGUUUUUAAUCUAGACUCUUCUUAUUUUUAUUCUUGAUUUUGUUUAACAUUUGUUACAAACGGCAAACACUCACCUCACCUCACACAGGAAAAGUCCACAAAAAGGGAUCACACGACACACACACACUACACUGCACAGGACUCUACUCAUCAACAAAACUUCUGCAUUUUCGGGCAUAGCUUUUGUUUUAGAUUUGUGUUUAGAAAUGGAGAGAUUGAGAGCGAUGUAGCGAGCGAGUGGGCCAGCAAGUGUCCCCGCUGCUGCCGACUGCACGUACCCGAUGUCCUGCAUCCAGGACACUCAUAUACAUAUGUACUGGUACUGGGGACUGGGUACGAGUAGAGUUAACUGAUAUUGAGCCAAUGUUUGCCUAGGCCUACGAUGACCACAACUGAACAGCGUGACCAACCGACAAACAGACAGAUAGACACACUGGGAGAAAAAGAGAGCACCACAGAAAAAGACCUGAAAAUCAAUUGCAAUUGGUUGGGGAGGUAAAAGGUUAUUGGAUAAAUUCGGCCUGUUAUUCAUAUUUUAGUUUGGCAAGGCAUUUUAAAGAUACAAUUAACUUAUGAUUGGUACCAAAUACGUAUUGGUUUGAAACUUAAGAUAAGAACAAUAUAACAGGCAAAACCUAAUUCAAGUUGUUUGUAAACGAUGAAGCGAUAUAAGCUCCUGAGCCGAUUUCUUAGGCUUCAAUUUCGGACUUGUUGCCGCUUCAUCGUUCACAACCGGCUCGAUGUUACCAAUCCACAUUAAAUAUGCAAGAAUGUGUAUAGAAAGAUUUCCCUUUGGUGGUGUUGCAUGCGGGCGUGCCUCUAAACAAUAGACUGAACUUUUAAACGGCUUGUGUAGAGAAAAUUCUUGUGUUUUAUCGAUAACUAGUUAAUUUGUUAUAUAUUUUUGUGUUUUACCAAUACACAGGGUUUUGUUUUUAGCCAACAGCUGCGGCAGUACCUUUCCAAAAGUUAAAAUAUUGAAAUCUUCAGAAAUAUAGACAUUUUCCGAACUGAGACGAAGACGGAGACUUUAUUUAUAUUCAUAUUAUUUGCGGCUUUAGACUAGUUAUUGCUCAAAAACUAUGAGAGGACUAAUAGAAAUGAUAUACUUAAUGGUUGUAUCACAGCUAUGGCGACCCCUUAAGUUGUUUGCUUUUAGUUUUAGGACAACUUUAAACGCGUUACAAAAGCUUCCUUAAAUAAAAUAAUAAUAUCGAACUAAAAAAAAACUGAGAAGAGAUGAAUAAAGUCGCUUGAUAAUUAUCAAAUUAUUUGCUGAAACUCUAGUGUCCAAAAUGAUAAAGAUAUAGGAAGAUGAAACGAAACAAAGAACUUUAAGAAAUAACACGAAAUUGGAGAAAAUCAUGAAAUUUUAGCUAUUUCGUUGCAAUAUUUUUUAUAUACGAUAUUUAAGUAGUAGGGGAUGAAGAACAGAUGGAAGGGAAAAUCAAAUGAAACAUUGAGAUCAAGUUGCAAAAAUCAAGCGUUUAAAAUCGAUUCGUAGCAAUUACAACAGAAAACAAAAUCAUAUAUACAAUUUAUAUACAAGAAACAAACAAAAAAAAAACACUAAAUAUAUACAAAAUAUAUAUAUAUACGACAUUGACAUUUGAUAAGCAACAAAAGAAACUUACUAGUUUUAUACAAAUGCCACGCCCUCAUACAUGAAUACGCCCUCAAAACUCACACACCAAACACACCAACACACUAGACAACUAAUACAGCAAUUAAAAAAGGAACUUAUUAACGAUUACUGAUUGUGUAAGCCGAGAAUAGAAGAAGAGUAAACCAGAUCAAGAGACAUGAGAAAAAUAUUAUUAUUAUUAUUGUACAUCUUAAGAGCAAAACCGCUGACAAGACCAGCAGAAUGAAAAAUCUUACAAAAAAAGAGAUAUUGUUAUAUACUAGUAAUUAUUAAGACCACAAACAACAAAA